UUUGAAAGUUAGCUCAGACGCGUCAGCGCUGACCCGGAUGUUCGCUCACGCGUCUGGGAGCAGCAGUGUCGCGAUGAGGUCUCCGUGCCGUUUUCUCGCUCGAGCCACAACCGCGCUGAGAUUAUCCGCUCACGCUCUCCCGCGCGUCUACGGUACUCACGAGCGCCAGGCUUCGCGAUGCUCGAGACCGUAUUACAUCACGACGCCCAUCUUCUACGUCAACGCGUCGCCUCACAUCGGUCACGUGUACUCCGCCGUCACCGCCGACUGUCUGCACAGGUACAAACUCUUAAAGGGACACGACUCCAGAUUCUCCACAGGUACGGAUGAACAUGGUCUGAAGAUCCAGCAGGCAGCCAGCAGUGCUGCUAAAGAGCCCCUGAGCUUCUGCACCGAGAUAUCACAGAGUUUCAAGCAUGUUUUCCAAAGAUGUAGCAUUUCCUACACUGACUACAUCAGAACCACUGAGCAAAGGCACAGACGGGCUGUUGAAGACUUCUGGGGGGUCCUCCACAGCAGAGGCGUCCUCUACAAAGGCUGGUAUGAAGGCUGGUACUCCACUCCAGAUGAAAGCUUUCUGUCUCCAGCUCAAGUCUCAGACAGCACAGACUCAGGAGGAGCAGGGGUCAAAGUGUCCAGCGAGAGCGGCCACAAGGUGGAGUGGAUGAAGGAGGACAAUUACAUGUUCCGUCUAUCAGAGUUUCGCACCGAACUGCUUCGCUGGCUUCGAUCGAACCCGAAGGUCAUCCAGCCGGUGAAGUUUUACGACUUAGUUCUCCAGUGGCUGGAGGACGACAUCCCAGAUCUGUCAGUGUCCCGGCAGAAGAGCCGGCUCCAGUGGGGUAUCCCAGUCCCGGGGGAUCCGGAGCAAACCAUCUACGUUUGGCUGGACGCUCUGGUGAACUAUUUGACGGUGGUGGGUUACCCUCAGAAUCACUCUCAGUGGUGGACAGCGGUGCAUCACGUCGUGGGUAAGGACAUCCUCAAGUUUCACGCCAUAUACUGGCCCGCGUUUCUCAUGGCUGCGGGGUUGCCUCUUCCUCAGAUGAUAUAUGUUCACUCUCACUGGACGGUGGAGGGAAGGAAGAUGUCCAAGAGUCUCGGAAACGUGAUCAACCCAUUGGACGCCAUUGAGAAGUUCACCGUGGACGGCUUGAGAUACUUCCUUCUCAGACAAGGCGUUCCUGAUUCGGACUGCGACUAUUAUGACGAUAAAGUCAUUAAGAUGUGCAACAGCGAGUUAGCGGACGCUCUCGGAGGGCUGUUAAACCGCUGCACCGCGCCCUCGAUUAACCCUACACAGGUGUAUCCUCGCUUCUCUAACACAUGCUUCCCAAAGGAAGAGCUCAGUGGAAGAGCCGUCUCGGAUGAUUACAGAAUGGUGGAGGCUGUAUCAGCGCUUCCAGUCUUAGUAGAGCAGCACUUUGAGACUCUACACAUCUAUAAAGCGCUGGAAACCAUUAGCGCAUGCGUGCGCCUCACUAACAGGUUUGUCCAAAGACACGCCCCGUGGAAGCUGGACCGGAAAGAAGACCGACAGUGGCUUGACACCAUCCUUCACGUGUCUUUAGAGUGCCUCAGGGUGUAUGGGAUGCUCCUGCAACCUGUGGUGCCAGGGCUUGCCGAUAAAAUUUUAUCGAGGCUGGGAGUCACGCCUGAGGAGAGAAGCUGGGAUUCUGUCAACUUCCUUAUGAAAUAUGAAGGACAAGACUGUGGGUUGGAAGGAAGGGCGCUGGGUCCUGAUUUGGGAGUGUUGUUUAGUCGUCUGGAGAGGAGCUCGGUGAAAGGGAAGACUCCCAAAAAGGCAACAACACAAGAGGAGUCAAAGUCUUGAUGAAUACUUGAACCUUAC